AUCUGGCGGCUCCUUCCAUGGCUUCUUUGCCUUGUUUUGGCUUGGCUUCGCCUUUCUUGUGGUCAAGACGUACCUUCAGCAUUGGCGCGCGACCGGGUAUUGGACACCCGGCAAGUUGCUCACAUUGUACAAGCUCAAUGCGGGCGACUUGGCAGCGACAGAUGCCAUGAUGGUCUGUAGCAGUGUCGUCAUCUUGCCGCUGCAACUCCUCAUGCUUUAUGGCGUUUCUUGGAAUAAAGUCGGUUGGGUCGUCCAGCACAUCUGGCAGACAUUUUACCUUGGCUAUGUCAUGCACCGAUCCUACACGCGCAAUUGGGAAUGGAUCCAGAGUGUAUUCAUUGUACUGCAUGCUAUCGUCAUGCUCAUGAAGAUGCACUCUUAUGCCAUGUACAACGGAUACCUCUCGGAAGUGUACAAACGCAGAAACAAGCUUGAGAGACAAUUGUUGCAGAUGCGCAAGGAGACAAAGCCCAGCAAAGCCCCGUCGAGAGCCAAGGCGGAGCGCAAAAACUCGGAGAGUGGGGAUUCGGUCGACUCUACCUCUACUUUGGCAGAUGAGUGUGAAGAGACUAACCUGGCGAGCGAAAUUGCCGAGUUGUCUGACGAACUGACGCUUGACGGCGUCACAUACCCAGAGAAUCUGACCCUGGGUAAUUACGUCGACUAUCUGUUGGUUCCAUCUCUCAUCUACGACAUUUCCUUCCCGCGAACAGAGAAGAUUCGCUGGAGCUAUGUGGCAGAGAAGACUCUCGCCACACUCGGCACGUUCUUCCUCAUGACCAUGAUUGUCGAGCACUACGUUUUGCCAGUCAUUCCUGUCAACCUUGCAACCAUGACGACGACCGACAAGCUCAGGGAGCUGCCAUGGCUCAUGCUCGACAUGGUGUUCCCCUUCAUCUCGCUGUACCUGCUCACCUUCUAUAUCAUCUUUGAAUGUGUGUGCCAGUGGUUCGCAGAGAUGACUCGCUUUGCUGAUCGCAACUUUUACGACGACUGGUGGAACUCCAUCUCAUGGGAUCAGUUUGCUCGCAAUUGGAACAAGCCGGUCCACAGAUUUCUGUUGCGACAUGUCUACCACUCGAGUAUAUCCACGCUCAAGGUGAGCAAGAACCACGCGACGCUCAUUACAUUUUUGCUCUCCUCCCUCGUCCACGAAGCAGUCAUGGCGUGUAUGACGAAGAAAAUUCGAAUGUACCUGCUCUGCAGCCAAAUGCUACAGCUUCCACUUGUGGCGCUCAGUCGGUUGCCGAUUCUCAAAAGGCAUCCAGUGGUAGGCAAUGUCUUCUUUUGGUUCGGAUUGUUUUGUGGACCGGGUUUCCUCUGUCUGGCCUACGUGCUCUUCUAGGUUGACUCUGAUGGGGCAAUGACGAGACUGGCGAGUAUGUUACCGGAGCAAAUGUCUAGAUCUCAGUUUGUCUUGACGAGAUGAAUGAGGCAAUCAGUCAUCUUUGAGACGCGUCUCGUCAAUGCUUGGCGUUGUUGUCUCAAAGCAGACUCAUCUAGUGUCCGGGCUUGACAAGUUUCCGUAACAGGUACGGCGCAUGCGCUGGUUUGCCAACUGUAAGGGUAUAUGUAGUUGUAGAUGCAUGGGAAUUCUUUACUCGAGAUUUGAAUUCUUGGGAAGCCAGGUUGCUCAGAACAAGAUUGGUUGCCUUGUUGAGGCUGAUGAGGC